UGUGCCAAUUUGAUAACAAUCAUGAAGGUGAUUACCAUCCGUUGGAAGACUUGCUUGCCAGGUCUUAUAGCUAUUACUUAUAUAUUAAGUGCCCUGCUGUUUUUUGGAAUGGAUAUAAACCAUAUUGAGCCCCUGGAACCCAAAAAAGUAAAAAAUCAGACUAAGAUAUUCAGAAAGAUUGUAAAAACCGACCAUAGACCUCAUGGAAGAAACCGGGAGAGUGUUUUAAGCAGUCCAGAGGUGAAGCCCCGAUAUCGCUUUAGCGGCGGUAGGACUGGAGUUAAGUUCGUUAUUGGAGUGCCCACUGUACUGCGACCCAAGACAAACUAUGUGCUCCAAACCGUGAAGUUCUUAAUCCGUCGGAUGACUCCGGAGCAGCGCGACAAUACCCUAAUUGUGAUUUAUGUGGGUGAAACCAAGCUUCAGUUUGCCAAGUUCAUAGUAAAGGAAUUGAGCGCGAAUCAUUCGAUGCAUAUGCGAUCGGGUCUCAUCGAUGUGAUUGCUCCACCAUUGAAUUACUAUCCAAACUUCUCGAGACUGCACAUCACUCUACACGACGAUCCGCAGAGGGUUCAGUGGAGGACCAAACAGAACUUGGACUACAUAUACCUGAUGUCCUAUGCCAGAACUAGGGGUUCUUAUUAUUUGCAGUUGGAGGACGAUGUGUUGUCGAACGAGGGAUUUAUGGAUUACAUACAGAAGUUUGCCCUGUUGCAUGGGCACUUUCGGUUUGCCCACCAGCCCGAUUGGAUUGUGAUGAGCUUCAGUGACCUGGGUUUCAUAGGGAAGCUCUUUCCCACCGCCGUUCUGAGUUCCUUUGUGACCUACCUGCAGCUGUUCUACAAUGACCAACCCAUUGACUGGCUUCUCCAGAGUUUUGUGACCCUGCAGAGCUGCCGCUGGGAUAGUAUUUCCAAUCAGGAUUGCCAGAGGGACUUUGAAUCCAGAUUACUUCGUGCCGCCCAAUCUCAGUUCCAGCAUAUGGGCGCCUUGUCCUCGCUGGCGGAAAAGAAACAGCACCGAAAGGAUGGUUUAUUCAACCAGAAUCUUGGCAGGCAGCGCAUGCAACAUCUGCGCCAACCCCUUAAUCUGAUCGCAUCCCACCGGAACUCGCUCAUAAAACAGAAUCCCAACCUGCAAACGGGAGAAACUUUUAUUUGGAUCUAUAUGCCACAGAUGCCCAAGAUGAUGAGGUAUCUGAUAAAGAAUCAGUACAAGAAGACACAGAUCCGCAUUCGUAAUUCCAAGGAAACGGAAAUAAAUCUGGCCGAGUUCAAUGUAGAAUUGGUGAAGGGGUCGCCCAAAUUGGUGAUGAACAGCUCAUCCACCGAACAAUGUGGUUUCGUUAUGAGCCAUACUGUCCAACAGGUUGAUGAAAAAGAUGAGAAUGGCGAAAAAAUGCCUUUUAACUACAUGUAUUACUACAUAAGGGAAGGACCCGAGGGCCUCACCUGGUUUCGAAGAUUUCUUUGGACCUCCAACGGAUCUUGUGGCCAAAGAUUGGGAAAGCUGAUCAUGGUUUUAGCAAUCUUAAUUUUUUACGUCGGGAAUGAUGAGGAAAAUAAUUUUUUGUAAAAUUUAUAAGCCACAUAC